AUGACGCUGCCGAUGGCGCGCGACUUGGCGCCGCUCGGCAUCCGCGUAUGCACCGUUGCGCCGGGCAUUUUUGACACCCCGAUGAUGGCCGCGGCCCCCGACGCCGUGCGCGAAGGCCUCGCCGCCAGCAUCCCGUUCCCCUCGCGCUUUGGCCAGCCAGACGAGUUUGCGGCGCUGGUCGAGUCGCUGCUGCUCAACUCGUACCUCAACGGCGAGGUGGUCCGCCUCGACGGAGCGGUGCGCAUGGCGUCGUCCUCCCACGAGAUUUAA